AUGUUUGGGACACCGUGUAACGCGACAUUAUCGAGAGUGGUUGGGGACGAGCUGGUUCCAUUGACUUCCACGUCUUUGGUGUUGAAUGCAGCAACAUCUUCAGCAACUUCACCACUAGUGAUUGUUAUUUCUGAUGGAAAUCAAGAAGAGAUUGAACGAUUUCGGUUCAUUCCGGCAAAGGAUGUUUUGAUUGGAUCAUCACCUGGAUUGAGCUUCGAGACUUGGUGCCAUUUUCAAUCAAUUUCAAAGACGGGUCGGAGUUCUCUCGCUGCUUGUAGCCAAGACGAGAUUUCAGGCAUUCUUUUGAUUCAAGACCAUUUUUAUACGAUUCGAGUUGUCGGUGAAAGAGUUUUGAUUGUGCCAAAAGAAGGAGAUACUUGUGAAUUUAAUCGUCGCUCAAAACGUGCCAUUCGUGCUCAAAACGGGUUGCCCGAUUACUAUAAGCCGUAUCUUGGAUGGAAUACGAGAUACCUAGAAUUGGCGUUGUUUGCUGAUAAAUCAAUGUACGACCAUUACAAGGAUAAGACCUCGGAUCGCUUAAAAACCAUUGCCGUGCAUGUGAAUUCGCUGUAUUCUCCUCUCAAAAUCGAUGUAAAACUGAUCUAUCAAGAGAUUUGGACUGAUGAGAACAAAAUUAAACUCGAAGAAAACGGUGACAAGACCCUCGAAUUGUUCUCGGCAUACCGAAAACUUGUGCUCUCCGAGAAACCGAAUGAUAAUGCUCAUUUAUUAACAAGAAUCAAAUUCGAAGAAGGAGUUGUUGGGAAAGCAUAUAAAGGAACGAUGUGCGCUUUGGAUUACUCGGCUGGGGUUGAUGUGGAUCACCAAGACAAUGCAGCUCUCGUCGCUGCCACUGUCGCUCACGAGAUGGGACACAAUUUCGGAAUGGGUCACGAUCCAAUCGAUGAACCCGACGUGUGCAAAUGCAAAAACGAGCACUGUUUAAUGCAUCCGACAGCUGGAUGGGACUACCCGGCGUAUUGGUCGGAUUGCUCGCUGAAACAACUCGAGAACGCGCUCAACCGCGGUGUCGACUUUUGUUUGAGGAAUGAACCUGGAACCACUGUAACAGAUGAAAAUCGAUGUGGUAAUGGAGUUGUUGAUCCUGGAGAACAAUGCGAUUGUGGAGCUGAAGUUUGUCCCUACGAUUGUUGUGAUGGGAAGACGUGCAAGUUGCGGGAAGGAGCCGAAUGCGGAGCUGGAUCGUGCUGUGAUUUGGCCACGUGUAAGAGAAAAUCACGAGCAACUGUUUGUCGACGAGCCAUUGAUGUCUGUGAUCUCCCGGAAUAUUGCAAUGGAGAAACGGAUGAAUGUCCAGCGAAUUUCUUUGUACAAGAUGGCGCAUUUUGUCCGGGAUAUGCUGAUGCUUACUGCUACAAUGGUCAGUGUGGAUCUCGUGAUUUAGAAUGCGAGAAAAUCUGGGGUUCGGCGAGCAAGAGUGGACCAGAUUUAUGCUAUGAGGCAAAUAUGCAUGGAACAUAUCAGGGAAAUUGUGGAACAUACACAUAUUCGAAUUACUCGAAGUGUCCAAGAGAAGAUGUGAAAUGUGGCCGUCUACAAUGCUUGACACCGGCGGAGAAGCCACUCUUGGGUGAAACGUUCAGCCACAGCUAUCACACUGUCUACGAUCCGUCACUGAGACAACAGUUUCAAUGCAGGAUGGUUGAAAGUCAACUCCGAGACAACAACAAGCAACCCGGAUUGGUGAAUGAUGGAGCAAUUUGUGCAAAAGAUAAGAUUUGCUUGUCGAAGAAAUGCACCACACUUAAAGCGAUCCGGUCAACAAUCACAGAUUGCCAGAAGAACUGCUUUCAUCGAGGCGUUUGCAACAAUGUGGGCAAUUGUCAUUGUGCGGAUGGAUAUGGAGGCACUGCCUGUGAUAUCCCUGGGUAUGGAGGCUCGGUGAACUCCAAUCCAGCAACUGAUUCCCGUGGCCUCUCCACAGUCAUUUUGGCCGGUGGCAUUCUUUCACUAUUCAUCUUGAUCUUCAUCGGAUUCACGAUCUAUUUUCAUCGAAAGAAACAGAUCUGGUUACCAUCGAUUUGUUGGGAGUGGACAAAGGACAAGCUGAACCUUCGAGGCGUCCUCGUGCCGAUUCGUAAAGCGCCACCACCACCCGGAGGGCACAAACAAAUGAAGCGUCAAUCGAAGAACCAACUUGGUUUGGGCGAACAUCAUGUGGUCACCUAUCGAACUGCCGACAAUUCUGUGCCGAUUUUCCACAAUCCAUCCCCACCCACUCUGGUCACUGGAUCGAAUAGGAACGCUUUCCCCGAUCAACAUCACGUUGGAAUGGGUUUUCCGGCUCAGCUCGCUCAAGAUGACAACAAGCUAACCGGGCCGGUCUUCUCUGCUCAAAGUGCUGCAACUGUUUCAAGAAGUGGCUCUCUCCUUCGACCGAAUCAACCGCCGCCCAUUGUGCCCGGUAGACCGAGGGAAUCGACAAUCAACGCAUUAUAUGAAGAGCAUGCGAAUGAAUUGGGAAUAAAGAAAGAGCCAAAAGAGCACGAAUAUGUGAUGCCGCCCGAUGGCCAACCACCCCCACCGAUACCCAAAAAUCAGCCGAAAGUCGGAUCGAAAUUGGAGCGAUCGGAGUCAUUGAAUCGACCGAAUAAAGCCCCACCGCCACCGCCAGCGCACGAAAAGCCCAAACUGUCACAGAAGCCAAAGCUGCCGACAAAAUCGUUGGUGAGUGGCCGACCGAUUGUCGAAGGAGACGAGGAUGAUUCCAGUCAAUCACAAGUCAUUUCUGUUAAAGAUAUUAAAGCGAGAUUUGAAAAG